UCACACUGGUCUAAGUUGUUUGGUAAAUUAGUUAAAAGUAAAUAUUACUCCGAAAACAAUUUUAUUUCCUUAAAGCUUGUCAGCAAAGCAAAACGAGAUAAGGAACGCAGUAGUAUAUAAGUUUUCGAAAGAGGGGAAUUCCCUCACCUGCGUUCACAGUCGUAAAAUCUGAUUAUUAAUACCCGCCAUUGCUACCGCGACAACGGAGACAUGUCGGACGAAGAGUCAUUCGUUAUCUUGGGUAGCUCGCCGUGCUCCUCGCUCAUGCCGGACAGUUCCUUGCGGUCCGACGUAUGUGGUAACGCGCAGGAGGCGAAGGAAACCGUUGCCUCUACGAGCACUCAGCCGCCAACAGUGAACUGUAUUCCAGUCAGCAUCACUGCAUCGCAGCAGCAGCACAAAUCGCUGGAUUCCGGAUCUUCCCAGCAACAAUCCCUGGCGACCAGCUUCAUUAUGGGAGAAAUUCAAUCCGAUGUCCUGAAGAACAGUGUUUAUUCGCAGUUUCCCAGCCUCUGCUCGUUGCAGGGCUCCGCAGAGGAAGUAGUUAAGCUGCAGAACAUGAUGACCGAGUACCUCGCGCUAAAGAGCACACUUGACAAGGUCAACCAAACCAUGCUGAACUACCACAACCUGACUCAACAAUGGCGCCAGGAAGCCGCCGACCGAGAACACCAGUACAAGGAGCAUGUGAAAGAGUGCCAAGCGCAAAUCGCGAUCCUUCGCGUGGAAAACCAAGAGCUGAAGAGGGACCUAGAGACGAAAAUCGAGCAGAUUGAAGGGGUUCAUACCAUCAGGCUAAAGGAGCAGGAUGAGCUUCGUAAGAGCGUAUCUGAGAAACAGUCCCUGAUCGACAACAUGCGCGUGGAGAUUGACAAACUGAAACAGCUAAAUCACUCGUUUGAGUUCGUACCAGAGUAUGCAACCGAAUCAAAAUCCCAGGAGCUGAUAAAGAAAAUGCAGCUGGAUAUUAACGAGCUGAAGGCCAGGGACAUCCAGAAGCAGGAGGUGAUCAAAGGUCUACAGAUCCAAAACGAUAUCUACCGCAGGGACUUUGAAAUGGAGCGGGCAGAUCGCGAGAAGAAUGCCGGAGAGAAAGAUCAGUAUCUUAUGGACUUGCGAUCAUUGCAGAGGAGGAACCAGGAGCUUAUCGAAGCUCUGGCCGAGUCCCACAAGGCAAGCAAGGCGUGCUCGACCGCUUCUCCGCUGAGUUCAAGCAGAAGCAAUUUGCGAGAGGAGCAGAGACCAGUAAGAAUUCUCGACCCAACAGGCGCCUCAUCCCGGACUUCAGACACCACUUUGCGAUGUCCGAUCUGUUCAAAGUCCUUUAACGCCUUAAGCGUGCUUCAGAGUCACGUUAACGAUUGUUUGGAUAAAAACUAAGCACAAUUUCUUACCAUAUUAAUAAAUUUAUAUAUAUAUAU